AUGAAGCCUGAGAUUCAGACUUUGCCAUUUCCACUGCAUUUUUUCAUCAUUUUUUUACUCUUCACUGUUUCAUUUCUUUAUUCUUUUUCUAUUUUUUCGGUCUUUCUUCAGUUUUAUUCCCCCUUUUUUUAUUUUACUUUCUUCUUUUCGUUUCUACUUUUUAUCCAUUUUUCUUUCUUUUGUUUUCUUUCUUUUGAUCUUCUUUAUUUUAUUCAUUUUUUGUUUCUUCCUUUUAAAUUUUGUGCCAUUUUUCUCGGCUGUGAUUAUUUUUUCUUCUUCUUUUUUAUCUUCUACUUCUUUUUCUUUCUUUUUCUUUUUUUCUUCUUCUUUUUUCUUCUUCUUUUUUAUCUUUUACUUCUUUUUCUUUCUUUUUCUUUUUUUCUUCUUUUUUUUCUUUUUUUCUUUUUUUAUCUUCUACUUCUUUUUCUUUCUUUUUCUUUUUUUCUUCUUCUUUUUUCUUCUUUUUUAUCUUCUACUUCUUUUUCUUUCUUUUUCUUUUUUUCUUCUUCUUUUUUCUUCUUCUUUUUUAUCUUCUACUUCUUUUUCUUUCUUUUUCUUUUUUUCUUCUUUUUUCUUCUUCUUUUUUAUCUUCUACUUCUUUUUCUUUCUUUUUCUUUUUUUCUUCUUCUUUUUGAUCAUUCCAUUUUUCUUUUACUUGCCACCAAAACGUGUUAUAUUCCCUCAAGUAUAUCUAUCUAUCUAUCUAUCUAUCUAUCUAUCUAUCCCGAUGAUCGUUUAAGGCUGAACGUUCAAAUCAUUCAUACACGCCCCCAUAUUAUCUAUCUAUCUAUCUAUCUAUCUAUCUAUCUAUCUAUCUAUCUAUCUGUCUGUCUGUCUUCACUGACUCAGUUCUUCUUUCUUUCUUUCUUUCUUUUUUUUUUUCUUUCUUUCUUUUUCGCUUACUGUGUUAGUCAUUCAUUCUUUUCGUCUUUCUUUUUUCUUCUUUGCAUACAGAUUUUGUUUUUCUUUCUCUCUUUCAUUCUUUUCUCCCUCUCUUUCUCUUUCGUUACCUUUCUUUUUUGUUUCUUUCUUUACGUAAUUUUCAUUCUUUUAUUAGUAUUUGUCUUGACGUUCGUUCUUCAUUUUUUUAACCUCACGAUUUCUACGGUUUUCUUUCUUUCUUUCUUUCUUUCUUUCUUUCAUUCUUUCUUUCUUUCUUUCGUCUAUUUUUUUUAUAUUUCUUUGCUUCCCAUAUUUCUUUUUAUUCGCGUAACUCUUACUUUUUCUAUCUUUAUUCUUUCAUUUGUUGCUCGCUCUAAUUUUCCUUUCUUUUGCCCUUCUUUUUUUCACAUCACUCUUUCUUUCUUUCUUUCUUUCUUUCUUUCUUUCUUUCUUGUUUUGCAUUCAUCUAUCUUUCUUUUGUGCAAAAAAUCAUCAUCUCUUCUUUCUGUACACGUGCUCCGAGCGGAGAAAUUCUAA